GUAAUUACUUGAAUACAACACUAUGUUUUAAGUGUUUUGUUGAUAUCACUGCGCAGUGACCGGCCGGUUGUGUACUCUUUAUUGGUUUAUAUUGGAUAAAAAUAUAGUUUUCGAGAAAUGUCGUGCUGCAAAGGACCGGGCUACUCGUCGCCUCUGGAGGCGUUCACAAAGGGACCCCGGGAGCGCCUCCUGUACGUGGUCUGCGUGCAACCCGACCGUGCCAAACAGGAUUACUUGGCGACGGUAGACGUAGAUCCUUCGUCACCCACUUAUUGUCAAGUUAUGCACCGCACUUACACAGGCAAUGUGGGUGAUGAGCUUCACCACAGCGGGUGGAACGUCUGUUCCAGUUGUCAUGAUGACCCCAAUCUAAAGAGGGAUCUUCUCAUCCUGCCCGCUCUAGGAUCUGCUAAUGUCUAUGCAGUCGACGUUGGUUCUGACCCGAGAAAACCGGAGAUACAUAAGGUAAUCGACGGCACUGAGAUGAGGUCAUUCAACUGCAGUUUCCCCCACACGGCACACUGCCUUGCGACCGGAGAAAUCAUGAUUUCCACGAUGGGAGAUAAAAACGAAAACGGAAAGGGGGAUUUUGUACUCAUCGACUCCAAGACUUUGAAAAUGACAGGGACGUGGACGAAGGGAAAGCCCGCCAAAUUCGGCUACGACUUUUGGUACCAACCCUACCAUGAUGUAAUGAUUGCAAGUGAAUGGGGUACCCCGAAGUAUUUUAAGACGGGAUUCCACGCAGCAGACGUGAACAACAAAGAACGAUACGGCAGUGCCCUAAACGUUUACAAAUGGUCGACUCACGAAUUGCAGCAAGUCAUAGAUUUGGGUAAAGAAGGUAUUGCGCCCUUGGAAAUCAGAUUCCUUCAUGAUCCCAAAGCUUCUGAAGGAUUUGUCGGGUGCGCUUUGGAGGCCAACGUUUACAGGUUCCACAAAACUGGGAAUGGGAUGUGGCAAGCCGACAAAGUCAUCGACGUACCAGCUAAAAAAGUUUCCAAAGACGGUGUCGAGACCCAGCUUAACGGUUUAAUGUCGGACAUUCUCAUUUCCCUGGAUGAUAAGUACUUGUAUUUCUCGUGCUGGCUUCAUGGUGAUGUUAGACAGUACGAUAUUUCUGAUACAAGGAACCCAAAGUUGACUGGGAUCGUGCGAUUCGGUGGCCUGAUUCAACAUGAUAAUCUGAAACUGUUAGAGGAUAAAGAAUUUAAGGAACCUGCACCACAAGUGGUUGUUAAGGGGAAGAAACUUCAGGGAGGUCCACAAAUGCUUCAACUGUCUCUUGACGGAAAACGCCUUUAUGUGUCUUCGUCGCUCUUCUCACCUUGGGACAAACAGACUUAUCCGAAAAUGGCUCAAGAGGGUGGUUGGAUAGUGAAACUGGAUAUUGACACCGUAAAUGGAGGAUUGAAGUUGGAUCCAGAGUUCUUGGUACAUUUUGGCGGUGAACCCAAUGGCCCAGUGCUGCCACAUGAAAUGAGAUAUCCUGGAGGAGACUGUACGUCAGACAUUUGGUUGGCUCAAGACACAUAAAUCUAUGAAAAAUAGUGUGCCAAUAUUUUUAUAAGUAAAAAAGACAUCUCAAAAAAUGUAUCAUUUAGGUAUUUUAGAUAGCAUUGUACUGUUCGCUGAUUUUCAUAUAUAUAACGAAUUUGAAAACGAAUUUUGGACAAAUAUCAUUGUGAAUAUAAUACGUAAUAAAUAUAAUUUAACAUGA